UCCUGUGAGGGCCUGACUGAAACUCCUUCCAGGAAGCCAAAGUUUAGAGGCUGCCGCAAGAAGGGAAGAAACCGAGAGCCAGCGAGCGAGCUCUGGGGGAGGGGCGGCGCUCAGGUCCAGCCGUGACCCGGGAGCGCCGCGCAGCGGCCGGUGCCGGGAGGGGCCCCGACUCCAACCCCAACCCGGUCCCGAGGACGGCGCGGGGGAGCGGCUCUGCGCAUGCGCCACUGGCGGGGCCUCCGAGGUCGCCUGACUCGUGAGGCCCUUAUGGCGCAGGCGGGGAGCGCCGGCCCGGAGAUCGGGGUCCAACGGGGCCGCACACCCUGGCUCUGGGCUCUGGCGGUGCUCUGGCUGGCGGCGGCUGAGGGCAGCCCUUCCAGGCGCAAAUGGCCGGUGCCCUACAAACGCUUUUCCUUUCGUCCAGAAGCAGAUCCGUACUGUCAAGCUAAAUAUACUUUCUGCCCAACUGGCUCACCCAUCCCAGUGAUGAAGGAUCAUGAUGUAAUUGAAGUCUAUAGGUUACAGGCCCCAGUAUGGGAGUUUAAAUAUGGAGGCCUCUUAGGACACUUGAAAAUUAUGCAUGAUGCCAUUGGAUUCAAGAGUAGCUUAACUGGCAAAAACUAUACAAUUGAAUGGUAUGAACUUUUCCAACUUGGAAACUGCACAUUUCCCCACCUCCGACCUGAAAUAAAUGCCCCCUUCUGGUGUAAUCAAGGUGCUGCUUGCUUUUUUGAAGGAAUUGAUGAUAUACACUGGAAGGAAAAUGGAACAUUAGUACUGGUAGCAACAAUAUCAGGAAACAUGUUUAACAAAAUGGCAAACUGGGUAAAGUGGGACAAUGAAACAGGGAUUUAUUAUGAGACAUGGACAGUCCAAGCCAGCCCAGAAAAAGGGGCACAGACAUGGUUUGAAUCCUACGACUGUUCUCAGUUUGUGUUAAGGACAUAUAACAAGUUGGCUGAACUUGGAGCAGAGUUCAAGAAGACAGAAACCAAUUAUACAAGAAUAUUUCUCUACAGUGGAGAACCUACUUGUUUGGGAAAUGAAACAUCUGUUUUUGGACCAGCAGGAAACAAGACUCUUGCUCUGGCCAUAAAAAAAUUUUAUUACCCCUUCAAACCAUAUUUGUCAACUAGAGAAUUCCUGUUCAGUCUCUUGGAAAUUUUUGAUUCUGUGAUUAUACACAGACAAUUCUAUUUGUUUUAUAAUUUUGAAUAUUGGUUUUUACCUAUGAAAUUCCCUUUUGUCAAAAUAACUUAUGAAGAAAUCCCUUUGCCUAUCAGAAACAAAGCAUUAUCAGGCUUUUAACACUGUCUUUUUUCUCCAGUUACCUGCAUACCAGCAGUUUUUCAGGGAAUGGUCUCUAUUAAUUUCUUGGCCUUCUAUGGGACAGAAAAAUAAAACAUACGAGGAUAAAAUUGUUGUAUAAUAGUAUUUCAAAUUUUCUUUUCAUGGAAAGAAGCUCAAACCAUUAUUGUAUUUGGUCAAUGUGAGCUAGUUUAGUGAUUUCCCACUUAUACCUCAAAAUUUGAGCCAGGUAAAUAGCAAAUGCAGGAUUAACAAACCUGAAACUCCAAGUUUAAUCCAGAAGUGAGUGCUAUGGUCUCACGUCAAUAAAUAUAUAUUCUCGUAAUUAAGAAAACAAAACCCGGCGCCAGGCGGUGGCACACCUGGUUGGACAUAACAUAAUGUACAAGGACUCAGGUUCAAGUCCCCAGUCCCUGCCUGCAGAGGGGAAGCUUUCCAAGUGGUGAAGCAAUGCUGCAGCUGUCUCUCCCUCUCGCCUCUCCCCUUUCCUCUCAAUUUGUCACCAGUAAAUAGAUAAAUAAAAUCCCACCCUGGUAUAUGAAUACUUAAUAGUUCAUGUAAAUUAUGAGAUUUUUGGACCCCAUAGCCUAAAGUUAUGGAUCUAGUGUGCCAAGAUUUUAAAAAUAUUCUCACUGAUGAGAACCACUUAUUCCGCUUUACAAUAGUUGUGAUUUUUUCAUUUAAACUUAAAAUUUACGCUUUUUGUUGUUGUUUUGACUAUUGUUUUGACAACUUUUUGUUGUUGCUUUUGUAACAUUUGGACAUUUGGAACUACAUCAAGUAGUUGGGUUUUUUUUUCUUUCCUACCAGAGCACUGCUCAGCUCUGGUUUAUUUAUGGUGGUGCAGGGGAUUGAACCUGGUACUUUGGAACCUCAGGCAUCAAAGUCUCUUUGCAUAACCAUUAUGCUCUCUCCCCUGCCCUAGUUUUUGUUUUCUUAAAGAAUGGAAUAGUUAAGCUACCUUACACUAUUGCUGGAGUGGUUUUCCUUCCAAUUGUUCUCAAAAUCAAAGAACACAUUUCAGGCUACUAAUUUAGAAGUGGCCAGUAACAGGCAUUCUGAGACUUAAACAUCUUAACAUCUCUGAACCUUAAUUUCAUUCUAAAAUGACUAAUGCCAGAAUUAAUAAAGAUUGAAGCUGUGUUUGGGAUAGUAGGGUAAACAAUAAAUGGUAGCAAUAACAAUUAAUCAAAGAACAAAAUGCUAUCCUUGAUCUUGCCUACCAUAGUUUAUGUGCCAACCUUUCCGUGUUUGUAUUACUCACCUAGACUUUGAGCUGACAGCACAGUGCUUCUUCAGUUACUCAAACAUCUGGGACAUGGAAAUGUUUCUUAAGGUUUGUUAGCAUGUAAUAUACAAAGAGUAGUAUUCCAAAACCAUAGACAGGCUUUUCCUUAAUCACAGCUAAGGGAAAAUAUGCUGACCAAAGUUUAAUUUCAGCAUCUUCCUCACACUUACCCUCUAUUGUCUAAGUAGCUUCCUGUACUUCAAACUUUUUUCUCAUAUUUAAAAUAAGAUAGGGUAUUAGUGAUAUAUAUUGAACUGAUUAUUAUAAAGGCAAGCUCUUAAAUUUGGGAAUAAAAGGCUUUGUAUCCUCUUCUAAAAUGUAUUUAUUAUGAGAAUGAGACAGCAUAAAGCAUUAUUCCACCA